AUGUCUCUCACACUCUCUGAACAAACUCUCGAACAAUACAAGAAGAGCAACAGCUUUCAAGAUUUGAUUGCUCUGAAUAUUGAUUUUAUUCGUGGAGAAACAAAAACAACACCAUACACAAACGGAUUACAAUUAGAAACAUCUCCUCUUAUUGGAUCACUUGUUUCAAUUAAUGGAAAUGGUUUAUUGACAACAAACUCGGCCCCUGGUAUUAAUGGAGGAAAGGCCUACUUGAUCGGUUUGGUUGAAGGACAAUCUUUUGCUGAAAAGCUUGAAGUUUUGUUGAAUCAAUCAGAUUUAAUUGCCUUCAAGCUUCCUUGCAAUUUGCCAGGAUACAAGCCAGGAGAAGAAGAUCACUCUGCUCAAGUAGAUCUUGUUAAAAUUCCUGUAUCUUUCAAGAAGGAUUCCGAGACUGGACGUACUGUUGUUAAUCGUUGCGUCACUUGUUUUAACUGGGUCACACUUUUGCAACCUUGUGUUUCCACUACUUUAUAUGAACAUACUGCCACUCACUGUUUUAAUUUUUAUAUUAUUGACCCAGUUUCUAAUCGUUCGGCUCUCGCAGAAGAUGGUAUUCUGAACAAGGUUAAUCAACUUUUGGAAAAGGCGAAAUCUCACUAA